AAAAAAAAAGCGACUCGUACGAUAGAGAGAGGGAGGAAAAAAAAAAAAAAAAAAAACUCCUGUUUACAACAACACAAUGGAGCCAAAACGAUCAAAUAUCACCUGCAAGCGUGUUUUAUUGACUGGAUUUACGUUAUGUGUUGUGUUAGUCACAAAACCUGCAUCAGCAAUCGACAUAUACGCCGACCCUGAAGUGAUCAUACAGAACGGCACCGCAGGAAUCCUUCGAUGCACCUUUAAGUCGAACGAAGUGGUCAGCAGCUCCGCCUCAAUGACCUGGAGUUUUCAGUCGAAUCAGCCCGACAAUCAGUUCUCCAAAGCGCCAUAUACGAUUUUCUACUUUUCCCAUGGGAAAGGAUUCCCGGGAAUACCCGAGUUCAAAGAAAGAGUGCAGUUUAUUGGAGACAUAAACAAAAGGGAUGCCUCAAUACAGCUGAGUCCGGUUCAGUUCAGCGACAACGGCACCUUCUUCUGUGACGUGAAGAACCCACCGGACGUACAGGGAACACCGGCUCGAAUAGAACUCAGGGUCGUUCUGAAAGAAUCUCUCCCUGCGAGCAACACCACCAUUAUAGUCGGAACAGUCUGUGGUGCUUUGGUUCUGCUCGUCCUCAUCGCCAUAGCUGCCUGCGUUGUCAUGAGGAUGCUUCACAGCCGCCAUGAUUAUGAAGGAUGUACGUCCUUGGAAAGCGUGAGCUCUCAGGCUCCGAAGCCACGAAAGAAGGUGGAGUCCAGCCUGGACGGCUCCAGGUCUACCAGUCCCUCGGGUCCACUACAGGGCCCGGUGAUAUACGCCCAGUUGGAUCACUCAGGCAGCAAAAACUCAUUCCAUAAGAUGGAGCCAGUGGUCUACGCUGACAUUCGUAAAAACUGAAGAGUAACUGGGGACCAAAAAAAAGAAAUAAAACACAGUAAUGUAUCAGACCUCUCUAUCAGCUGCUCUUGGGAAGGGUGGGAAUAUUUCAACAGGGACAGAAAUUGGUGCAGUUUUCUUUCUAUCCAUCUCUUGUCCUCUGAAAGCAUGACGUUAUAUGAUAAAGUGAUGUCUCCAUGUGCUUUAUUGUAAAGACAAAAAAAGAGGAACACUCUAGUGGACACAACAUUACUCCAGCAGUCAUCAGGAUUGUUCUCGGAAAAAAAAAAAAUCUGAAUGCCUUCAUAGAUAUCAUUCCACAUGUAAGAAUAUUUUAUUUUAAUCACGAAAAGCUUUGUGCCUACAAAAGGUCCUGCAGGUUGUUGCAUCAGCUGAACUUAAUUCAACACCAACUGCUACAUUUUAACCUUCGUUUCCUACUUAACUCACCACUUAAGCUACUAAUAUCUCAACAAAGUCGACUAAUCAAAGCAUCAACGCAGAAACUAACAUGACUAACUAGCAACAUAAAGGGAGAGAUUUAAAAACAAAUAGUAUCCUAUCAUGUGAACUAGCUAAUAUAUGUUUGAACACGUUUGUCUGAUCACCUCCGUUAUUUAUCACCAAACUAUAGUUGUGUCAAUGCCUCCUGUGAAUGCAACAUAAACUCACACCUCGCCUAAUCCCAGUGACUGUCCUGCACAAUGCAGAGUGUGCAUGUUCAGUAUCAACUUCAGUGUAAAGGGAUGCUGUCUGUCACAAGGUGCUACCGUAAUCAGUUAAUUUAAUAUCAAAGAAAAGUUGAGCUGGACAGACACUGUAUGAUUUUAUUAAUUGGCCUUUCUGUUACACUCAACGUAAACACAGAAAACCGAAUCAGUUCCAACGCAAACGAAUAUUAAUUUGUGCAAUUCAGAAGUUUAUCUCUAUCGCAGCUCAGUCUCAGUUAAUACUACAGUCAUCCACGACGUGUAAAUUACUGAUCUGAGACAGCCAACCAAUCGUCUGACAGUCAGACUGUUGAAGCAGUCAAUCAGAGGUUGUGACUCCUCAAAAUUAACAUCAGAUGACUGACUGCCUGUCUGAUUUUUAAAAGUAGCCAGAGGAGACCAGUUUGGGGUUAAAGGGGAAAGUGAGGUUACCAGACUUCUCUGCUUGUGGCUCGAGGCUCCAUUAGACGCUGUGAGCGUAACACACCUGAACCUCAGACCUAAAGGAGCGUUCCAUCUACCUCGAAAGUCCGAAGUCUGAGCUGGGAAUGCCAUUACACCGGAGUUGGACUGCAAUCCUAGAAGUUGUAGAAGCUGUACUUUGCUCAUACAUUCCAGUCGCAAUGUCCGAGAGUUCAUAUGGAAUGCACCGAAACAGUGGGUGGCCGAGUUGCGUUGUGGGUAAUGUAGGCGCCAGGUAUUGAAGAAAGAAUAAUGCGUCAAAUAGUGUACUGUACGGUGUCUGUCCAGCUUUACACUUUUAAGUUAUGUCUUAACUCUUAAGGCUACGUUUUAACUAAUGUUUCUGUUUCCAUAAAUCCUAAAAAUGACAUUCCAAGUGAGCUUCGUUUUGAGUUUACACACAGCUGGUGCAACAGGCUGCUGCUGACGCUCCCUCCGCUGGCCACUCCCAUUGUGAUCUUGUUUUGUAAGGGCGUAUAACGUAGACUUUACAUUGCCUUUCGGUAUCUUUGCAUGCAGUUAUGAUGACACCUACACUCUUAAAUUUGGUGGUACUCAGAUAGUUGUAAGAGAAGAAGCUGUCUGACGUUGUAUUACUGUGAAUGCUCCGUGGAGUUCUGGCAUGUUUUGUGGUACCUUUUUUUUUUUUUUUUUUUAAAUAAACUGCCUCCCGUUUGUUUUUUUCACCUCAGAGGAACAUCUUUAACAAGCUCUACCAGGUUUUUUUUUUAAACAAAUUCUGGGUGCUCUAAGUGUCGAUGUUUGUUUUCAUUUUAUUUUUAAAAAGUGAAUAUGAACACAGGCAAUGCAACCCAGGUAGAGUUUUGUGUUCUGCAUCACACUUUAAGACGUUUUUCUGCCUGUUUCGAGGUGUGAUGUGAAUUUAAAAAAAAAUAGUUUGCUGCUAGUGGUGAUUACCUGGGCAGUUUUCAGCUUAGUUAUGAGUAAUUUUCAAACGUGCAUGUUAAAACCAAAUGUUCAACUGAGGUGAAAUAUCUCCUAUGAAAACGGGGAGCUCUCAAAUGCGAAAUACACUGUUUGCAUGCAAUUUACUAACAUAACACUCAUUAUUAUGAAAAUAUCCAUCCUUUUUUUUCCAUCUAUGUAUUGUGUAAAGCUCUUUUUUUCCCAAAACUAAUGGGCCAAAUAUAUUAGGUAAGUUCUUUUCAGAUGCUUUUAAGCUUUAAAAUGCAUUCCAAAUUUUUGUUAAUUUUCUUUUGUCUUGAAAACAUUUAAAAGCCAAAUUCUAUGUUCUAAUUUUCUUCGGUGACCUAUGAGAAUGAUAUUUGUGUUCAGUCUAAAAUGCCUUCAGCUUCCGCUCGUGAUUCCGAAUGCAGUAAGUUUCCAUGUUGACCAGUAUUUGUAUAUAUUUCUUGCUCAUGUAAGAUAUAGUGCUGUUUACUGUAACUCAUUCCAGUGUGGUAUGGCUGUGGAUGUCUUUCCAGAGAAGGAGAGUAGUUUGCUGUAGAGGUCUAGAAAGUUGGUGGCUUUUUUCUCUCUCUUCUUUUAGUCUUAAUUAUUUGUCACCGUACACUCAAAUGUAUACAGUGCCUGCAGGAAGUGUUGAGCCUGUCAGUUCAAAAUGGCUUCAGUUAAGUUUUCUUUGGUCAAAAGUGUGCACAGAAAAAACACAAUUAAUGUGACGUUUUUUGAGUUUUAAGGCUAUGUCUGCUUCGGUGCCACAUGUUAUAUCUAUUGCUUGAAAGUAAAAGAAAUCACUUGAUGAUAUCGUUAAACUUUCAGUAACUUAUUUCUUUGGUCUCUUGUUAACGGUUGCAGUUACAAAGCAACAUUAUCCGGCUCUUUAGCUGCUUAAUGCUCAAAUUAGUUCACCAGACGGUCUCUAACUGUGUCUUUUUAGCUGAAAACGACACUGUGAGAACAGUAAAGUGGUCCAGACGGUUAAACAAACACUAUAAAGCUCUGUAAAGCAGAGGGGAGCUGCAGGGUCACCAAUACUUUGACAUAUUUGUCAUAUAUCUUCUCAUUUUAUAAGAAUAUAAAUACAGAUUCUAGCCGCUUUAAAGACAUCCAAGAUGGUUCUAAGCAGGGUCGAUUGUAUCAUUGUGAAUGUCGCUGAUAAUGUAGAUAUAUAUUGCCUUUAUUUAGCCAGUUUCAAUGCUGUGCUCUCAAUAUGUACCUUACAAGACUAAAAGUCUGUAACUGUAAUGGCUGUAAGCUCAUUACGCACCAGAAAACACCAUCAGUGGGUAGAAUAGACUGAAACGUUAUUGUCCCACCAAUGAAACCGAUAAACAAUAAAACGUGCGUCACAAUAAGGGAGAAAACUUUCACUCCUCUUGGAUUUUCUUUAGCCUUCAGCCACAACAAAACACGUGUGUUUGUUAAAUGUGAGCUCUGCUGCUUGUAACCGUCUCCAACAGCGAUGUCACAGUGUACUGACACACCCCGGAGUACACGUCUGCAUCACGGCAGCGAGGUGAUAAGUUAAACCACCGGAGGUCAGUAACAAGUUGCUCUUUAACAUGCCAACAUUGGGUGUCUUGGCUUAACAAUUUUGCGAGCAUUUAGUAUGUUCGCAAUAAUAAUAAUAAUAAUAAUAAUAAUAAUAAUAAUAAUAAGCUGGCAGGAAUUCAGCUGUUUUAGAGGAAAUGUAGAUAGAAGUGAUCCGGAUUCACCCUCUCAUCCUUUGGAGACCAUGAAUGUGUUUAAUUAUAAAUAACUGACAUGACUGCGUAACUCUGGCCACUAUUAUGUUUACUGUAAUGUUAUUAUUCAACCAUCUCCUCUCCUGACUUAACCUAGAAGUCCUUCAGAGUUAUUUCAGUUGUUUUUUUUUUACACUUUAACUUAUUUCAAACUGUCCCUACGCGGGAGCUUGAGUACUUAUUUACUCAGAGCGUGUUUUCAUUUAUAACUACCUUCUGAAAAAUAUUAAUUCAAUCCAUUUUGACUGUGGCUGUGACACCACUCAAUGCAGGCACUGUAGUCUUCCAGAUUUGUUUUCUUAUCUUCAAUGUAAAAGUCUUUUCUGUUGGUUUCUGUUGGUUUGUUUUGUUUUAGUAGUUAGCAUGAAUUUCAAUGUAUUCACCAAGUCAAAAAAGAAAAAAGAAAACCACCUGUAUGAUACUGACGAACCUUUUACUGCUGGUCGCUUUGCUCCUAAUUGUGACUUGUUGCAGUGUUUAGUGCUGUUGUAGAAAUUGUGAUGUAAACUAUAAAUUAUGAAAGAUUUCCAGCUUGACCAAGCUUCUACGCUAAAACGUUUGGUGUGUUGGUGUCUUUAAAAAGUUGUGAGUGAAUGCAGGUUGCAGAGUUCACUCCACUCCUGACGAGUCUUAAAGUGCGUGCUUAGUGUUUCUCGAUGGUAAAUAGUUGUGUGUUAUUUGAGAUUUGUUUGGUAUGUUAUGUUGUAAAAUCUGCACUAUGUCUUGCAUAUCAAAGACAACAAAUUCCCUGUGAUUUUAUUUUUUAUUUUUUUUUAUUUUCGUUUCAUCUCGGAAUGACCUUUGGCCUCUGUUUAACGUCUUUAAAACUGGAAUGUUGUACAUUUAGUGCCUUUUACAUUUCAUCAGCUAACUUGAACAUCUGCUCCAAAUAGAAAAUAUAAGAUUCAUUUAUUUUCCUUUUAUUGUACGUAUUUUUUUAUACACAUAAUAUCGCCUCUGUAUCCACUGUUCAAAUUUUAUAUAAAACCUAUUCCUGGCCAAUUA